AUGGUGAAAAAUUUCUUUAAAUUGGAAUCUGUAAAUCCACAUUUAAUGUCAGAAGACGAUGCAAAAGCCGUGAGUAUCAUGAAUAACACAUGUCAAAAGCGGCUUAUGUGCUUAAAAAAGAAGUUUGUUAAGGAGCCUGCGUUAAAGUCUAUCAUUCAGGGUCAGAUCGACAACUUACUUGCCAAAGGCUCCACCAAGAAACUUACAGCAGAAGAGAUUGCGGUUCCUAGAGAAAAGAUUUGGUAUAUACCAAUAUUUAUUUUAACCAACCCUAACAAGCCGGCCAAAAUUCGUAUGGUGUGGGACGCAGUUGCGAAGGUCAAGGGUCUUUCACUUAACGAUUUUCUGUUACGCGGGCCAGACUUUCUCAAUCCCCUGGUUGAAAUUUUGUUAUCGUUCAGAGUGGGCAGGGUUGCGAUAUGUGGGGACAUUUCGGAGAUGUUUAACCGAAUAAACAUCCGCGAGGGUGAUAUGCAUUCCCAACGAUUUCUCUGGUAUGACGAAGGCGAUAAGCAAGAUAGUCCAAGCGUUUAUGUUAUGCGAGCAAUGACGUUUGGACUUAAUUGUGCUCCCUGCAUCGCACAUUACAUCCGCGAUAAGGACGCGGAUAAAUUUAAAGAAGAGUAUCCUCGUGCUGUAGACGCAGUGAAGAACAGCCACUACGUAGAUGAUUACAUCGCCAGUGAAGAUGAUGAACAAUCUGCGCUACAGUUGGCACAUCAAGCGCAGAAGAUCCACAGCAGUGCCGGAUUCAACAUAAGAGGCUGGUCGUCCAAUUCAAUGAACGUCUUAGAACAACUCGAACGAAGCAGCAGCGUUAUCCAAACUGGCAAAGAAUGGGGAUCCACUACGAAAGUUCUCGGAAUGUUCUGGGAUCCCAUCGGGGAUAGCUUCAAGUAUAUUUGUAGAUUUUCAAGAUUGCGUUGCGACGAUAUCAAUGAACCACUCGUACCAACAAAGAGAGAAGUGCUUCAAGUCCUGAUGUCCAUCUUCGAUCCAUUGGGGUUUGUAAGUUGCUAUACCAUAGGACUAAAAAUUCUAUUGCAGGAUGUAUGGCGCUCAGGCAUCACUUGGGAUCAGCGGCUGAAUGACGACCUCCAUAAUAAAUGGUGUCAAUGGAAGAAUGUAAUGCGAUUAAUAACAGCGGUCGAAAUACCUCGACGCUAUUCCGUAUUGUUGAAAGGUGCGGAUGACGUUCAGCUUCACAC